AUGUAUCUAUAUUUGUUCUCGAUCCUGUUAUCACUUCUCCAUUUAUUGGCUGCAAACGGCUAUCUUCGUAUACUUCAACACGCUGAUCGCAAAGAACAAAGAGUUGUUGGACGGGUUCAGUAUGAUUGUUUUUAUAUGGUCAAUACAAAUGUACGUCAAGGUGAAAAUGAAGUAAUUCCAUAUUGUAUUAGACCACUUGAAGUUAUACCUCACACUGUACCUAAUGUGUCAUUAACGGAAGAAUCAUCAAUUCGAAGCAUUCGCACAUUUGCACAACUACGGCAACAAAAUGUGACAGUGAAGGAUUUAUUUCAUGACGGUGCUUCAGUUGAUAUAUGUGAACAAUAUGAAAUGUACUUGUCUUCAUUUGACGUUAACUCAACAUUGAACAAAACAAAACUUUGUUAUUGUCUUGAAGGGUGGUUUGGGUCAAACUGUGAGUACAAAUUUAAUUCGGACGAAAAAUUUGAAACAAUUGUUAAAGAAAGAUUUGAAGCGAAAACUGAAUCAGAUCCUCGAAAAGUAGUCAAAGUUACUGAGGGAACAUGUUAUACGGGAUUGACGUGUGAUCGUCAAACAUGCCUUGAUUGGAGAGAAGUGUGUGAUGGUAAAAUUGAUUGUCCAAAUGCCGUUGAUGAAGAACACUGUUGGCAAAUGGAAAUAAAUGAGUGCAACGAUGAUGAGUACCGAUGCACAAAUGGACAGUGUAUUCCACUUUUUUUUUUCUAUGACAAAAAUAUCGAUUGUCAAGAUGCAACUGAUGAGGUAAAUCAUAUUUUUAAAAGACAUGAGUGUUUUAUGGAUCCCUCCUCUGAAUGUGAAGACGCAACUUGCCCUUGGGGACAGUUUUCGUGUGGAGAUGGUUUUUGUCGAGAAAUAAGUCUCGCACUGCGUAAAGAUAUAUACGCAGAUGAUAGAAAAUCAUUUUGUGCAAAUGGAAGAGAUAUUUUAUUUACUCGAAAUAUGUUUGAAAGCGACGAAGGCACAGAUCAGAUCAAUGAUCUAUCCGAUGAUUGUCGGAUUAGCGUUAUAUGCGCGUUAAAGCUGUAUGCUUAUUUCGAUACUGACUUGCACGAAGAAUGUGAAACAGUUAGAUACUACAUUGACAAGUUGUUCCAAGAAAAAUGUCCAUUAAGAUUUUUCUUUCCAUCCGUCCCUGUAUUGUUCAAUCAUGUACGCUUUGUUUAUACGACCAACAAAACAGAUUGGUUAGUGAAUGUAGCACCUGAUUAUAUUUGUUUUAACGAACAACUGUGCCAGUCCUUCGAUUCGACAACGAUGAUCAAUGGUACAACUUGUGCUGAAUUUCGCGAUUUUUCACCUCCUCUCUAUGUCAGAUAUAAAUACUGGUAUAAUUUAAUCAAUGAUAUUCAAAAUAUGUUCAAGGCUUGCUCUCUUCCGAAGCUAAAUACGACAACAUCAAUUACGUCCAGUGUCUGUGCACAUCCAAGUCUCUUUCAUUGUAAUAAUACAACAAAAUGUAUUUCAAAACAUCGAUUAUUAGAUAAUUCUAUUGAUUGUUACCAGUCAUCAGAUGAGCAGCAACAGAUUGACACAUGUACAUAUAAAUUAUCAAAUCGAUUUCAAUGUACAACGUCCACAACACAAUGCAUCCCUCGACGAAUGCUUCGCGAUGGUGGCUACGAUUGUCAAGAUGCAUCAGAUGAGCACUUUCCAAUUAGAUGUAACCCAAAUUUCUUUGUUUCACCAAGAUGCGACAACGUUCGUGGAACCACCAAGUUGAACGAUACUUUAUAUUUUUCACAGAUAUGUAACGGAAUCGUGGAAACGACAAAUAGCGAUGAUGAUACUGACGAAUCAAAUUGUGAACAAUGGCCGUGUCGUACAAGAUAUACAAUGUGUGAUAAUGUUUGGAAUUGUAAAAAUGGCAGUGAUGAAUUAUACUGUGAAGAUAGCUAUUCUACUUUAGUUUGCGACGAAUUUAAAUCACAUUAUUGUUUGAUCAUUGAUAAACUUGAAGAUGGAGUACAAUGUUUAGAACCACAAUAUAUUAAUGAGGGGGCAAUGAAUUGCAUAGGAUCUACUGAUGAAAGACAAUUUUGUCGUAAUGCAUAUCCUGACAAUCCGUAUCAAAGAUAUCGUUGUUUAAACAGUAGUUUAUGUAUUAGUCCAAUGCAAUUGUGUGAUUGUGUGGAAGAUUGUCCCUUUGGCGAUGACGAGCGUCUCGUAUGUCCAUGGUUAGCAAACGACUCUUGUAAAAAAGGUCAAUUUUUAUGUAAUAAUAGUGGUUCUAUUCCCUAUAAUUAUCGUUGUGAUAAUGAUUACGAUUGUGAAGAGCGUGAGGAUGAAUUAUUUUGUGAUUUGAUUGAUGCCUCUGAAAUAAAAUUAUUUACGCCGGACAACUUUGUUCAUUUUCCACUUAUUACUUCUAUUGUUGCAAAAGAAAAGUUGACAAUCCAAAAGCAAUAUACACCAACAGAAAUUGAAUUAGAUUAUCAUACCCUUUGGUACUGCAAUCGUGGAAUAUUUGUUCAGUCAUUUUAUGAUAAUAAUACAGGUUACUGUCUUUGUCCUCCUGCUUAUUAUGGCGAUCGAUGUGAAUAUCAAAGUGAGCAUAUAACAAUAAAAGUCACUGUAUCUACAAUAACUUUAUUGGAGAAAGACUAUAUUGUUUUGCUGCUUUUCCUUCUAAUCGAUUCUACUAGUGAUAUUAUUGUUUCAUACGAAUAUAUUUACCAUGUCGGAGAUACGUGCGAUCCAAAAUAUAUCGUUUACUUAUUAUAUCCAAAUCCUAAACCUAUACAUAGUAACUAUUUUAUCAAACUAGAAGCGUACACGCAAACAAUGAUUGGCAAUAAUAAUCAUAUACAAUAUAAAGGAUCAUGGUAUUUCGACAUACCGUUCCAAUUUUUGCCAGUUAAUCGACUUGUUACCGCCAUAGAACUGCUAUAUGACAUCAUAGUAUCAUGUGAUUCAAAUAAUAUAACAUGCAUAAACGGUCACUGUCUUUUGUAUGUCAAUACCGGUACACCAUUUUGUCAUUGUGAUGAAGGAUGGUUUGGGAAGUCUUGCAAUAUUAAAGAAUCAUGUGAAUGCAGACGAGGGUCUGUCUGUAUUGGUCGAAGUGGUAAUAAUGAUUUCAAACCAAUAUGCUUAUGUUCAUUCGGCAACGCGGGACAAUCAUGUAAGCUUACUUACGAUGGCUGUGGUGGGGAUGAGUGUCUGCAUGGAGCCACCUGUGUCUCAGUUGACAGUCGGAUGAACUCAUCGGUGUGCAUCUGUCCAGAAGAAUUUACUGGAACAAGCUGUGAACAUGAGAAAGCGAAAAUACAUAUUGAUUUCGGUAUUCCAGUUCCAUCUAUGGUACUUCUUCGUUUAUUCGACACGACUUAUGAACAUCAAGUUUAUUCUACAUUAUUCAAAAGAAUUCCACUAUACCAAAAUAAUAUACUCAUUCACUUAUCAACAAGUUACAUACCUCCAGUUAAUUUCUUGCAAAUAUUCAAUGAGGACAAUCCAUACGAACCUUAUUAUCUGAUUACAUUAUUUGACGACAAGAUGUUUACCAGUCAACUAUCUACAACUGUAGUUCCAUCAAAUCGCUGCCCACAUUUCUCCGAGCUUUUUAACCGUACAGUUUCAUCUGACACCUAUUUGAGGCGUGUAAAAUAUUACCAGUUACCGUGUGAACAAAAACAUGUUCGUUGUUUUUAUGAUGAAAAUUCAAUGUGUUUGUGUAAUAAAGAUAAUUAUGUCGAAUGUUUUCCAUAUAAACAUGAAUUAGUACAAUGUAAAGGCAUCAGUUAUUGUCAAAAUGGUACAAGUUGUUCGACAACCACAUAG